AAGCUCCAGAGGAGGAAGGCAGAUCUUUCAUCCUGCCAUUGCAUGCAAUACAAGGGGACACCUGAAUCCUGCUCUGGCAUAGAAGAACCUUGAGGCCGAUCUGAGUCCUUGGGAAACAGCUAAGUAGAUUCCUGCUGCUUCUUAGGGAGAUGGAAGCACAGCUAAAUAAUGGAGAAAUGCAAGGGGAAAAUCAUUGGAGGAAAGGAUGCAAAGCCCCAUUCCCGUCCCUACAUGGCAUAUCUGACAAUCACCAGGAGCAAUAGAGAAAGGACUAAUUGUGGAGGGUUUCUGGUACGAGAGGACUUUGUGAUGACAGCCGCUCACUGCUAUGGAAGGACAAUCAACAUCACCCUGGGAGCCCACAACAUUGAGAAGAAAGAAGAAACCCAGCAGCAUAUGAUCCUGCUUCGUUCAGUCACCCACCCAGAAUAUAAAAAGAAUCCCCCUACUAAUGACAUCAUGUUACUUCAGCUGGAGAAGAAGGCUAAGGUGACUAAAGCCGUGAGGCCCCUUAAACUGCCUCGCUCCCUUGUCAAGUUGAAGCCCGGAAUGGUGUGUAGCGUGGCUGGAUGGGGCGGAAACCUGCAGUCUAAGGUGCAGCCAAUCCUUCAGGAAGUGAAGCUCAAAGUGAUGGGGGAUGAAGUAUGCACAUCCUGCUACCCCAGGAACUUCAAGAACAAGACUCAGAUUUGUGCAGGAGACCCCCGCCAGUACAAGUCCUCAUACCAGGGCGAUUCCGGAGGCCCCCUGGUGUGUGGCAAGGUAGCCGAAGGCAUUGUUUCGUAUGGAAACAAAAAUGGGUCCCCUCCCCGGGUCUUCACCCGCAUUUCAAGCUACCUGUCCUGGAUAAAGACAACGAUGAAUUCCCCAAGGCCACAGGGACCCUCUGAAUUCCCAUCUCGAAUUUAAGCCUCUGUAGCCCAAGUUCUAUAUGCUUCAUCCUCAGGCUUCCAAUGUAGUCAAAUGCUUCUCUCCCAUUUCUCUUCCUCUACCUGGAUCCCCUUCUCUGUUCUUGCUCUCUCCCCAACACACACACACACAUUCACACAUUCAUUCAAUUGCAUUUAUUGAGCUCUCACUGUGUUCAAAGCACUGUAUGAAGCACUUGGGAGAGUAUAAUACAACACCACACACACACAUACAUACUAGAGACUUCACUCACGUGUAGAGCACCAUUCAAUCUGUGGUAUUUAUUGAGCACUUAUUAAUAUGUGCAGAGCACUAUCCUAAGCACUUGGGAGAGUAAAAUACCACGGAAUACACCAGGAGGUAGAUCAGGAGCAGGGAUCUGGGGAAAGAGAACCAGGCCCUUUGUCCAGCAGUAAGCUGAAUGCCGUAUUUUAAAAUGGUAUUUGUUAAUUGCUCAUUAUGUAUAUGCCAGGCACUGUACUGAGCACUGGUACAGAUAAUCAGAUUAGACACAGUCCAUGUCCCACCCUUGGAUUACAGUCUUAAUCUUCAUUUUACAGAUGAGGUAACUGAAACAUAGAGAAGUUAAGUGACUUGCCCAUGGUCACACAGCAGACAAGCAGUGAAGACAGGAUUAGAACCCAGGUCCUCUGACUCCCAGGCCCAUUAUAUUUCCACUUGGUCACACUGUUAUUUCUUUAUUCAACAUCAACAGGACUUUCUCCCCAAUUUGACCUAAAGGUCUGAUUCCUCCUCUUCUAAACUGUAAGCUCCUUAUGGGCGUGGAACCUAUCUAUAGACUGUCCAAAGUGCAUAAUACAGUGCUCUCCACACAGCAAUCAAUAAAUGCCAUGGACUGAUUGAUUGAUUCCUCCCAAAUGUUUUAGGUCAGAUUUGGGCCGGAUUAUCCACUUAUUCCCUUGACUGCAGGACUUUCAGCAACUUGCCAAGAAACCAGAUUUCCAGGCCUGUGCGACCAUUAGAGUAUAAGCUCCUUGUGAGCAGGGAACAUAUCUUCCCAACCUUAUAGUACAGUGCUUUGCAUUACAAUAAAUAUUGUUACAACUUCUA